AUGGAGGUUGAUCAAAUCGAUACCCCUGAACACUUUACUUCAACCUUGUGCGCAACAUUCACUGUUUGUGAUCUCUCUAACUUUGUUAAAGAAUACCCUAUUGAAGAUGUGACCUAUAGUUUUGUAAUUGAAACAAAUUUUGAUUUUAGUCCAAAAAAUACUUUAGUUAAAGCAUAUACGAAAUUCACAAAAACAACCCUUGACCUGAACAAAAUACAGAGUUAUGAUCUAUUUAUUCCAGAAACGAUGUGCACUUUUUCUGAGUGCUAUCCAUUAACAAAUUCAUUUUUAAUUUCAAUUAAAACUCCAAAGACUAUAGUUAGGGAUGAAAAUGGUAUUCAAUGUGACUUACCAGCUAAUCCCGUAGUAAUCGACCCAGAAGGCUUCCGAUUGCAAAAGCUAUUUGACAAGCAUAUAAUGAAUUCGGUUGAUGACUUGUGUCGAUCACCUCAGAAGGCUGCGGAAAAUAGUAGAGACACAGGUAUCCAAUCUAAAAUGGAACAUUUGAAUUCACCGAUUGAAAAAAAUUCAAUAGUCCGUUCAAAAUAUACGGUUGCACCUAAUUUGGAGCCUUGGUAUUGUGAUUUACAUGAGUUAGGCGAAAAUGGGACUUUGUGUCUAAAUAAAUUGAAACGUCACAUGAUUGAUAUUAUUAAAUGCUUUUUGGAUCAUAAUGAACUUUUGACAAAUAUUUCAACAGUAAAUGGACAAAUGUUUUUUUCCAAAAACUAUUUACAAUGUCUGGAUGAAGCUCAAAAAGAAGCAGUGGAAAACUUAAAUUCUAAUUCUAAAAAUAAUAGCGAAUUCCUCACUAAGUUCGUUGACCAGAUUGUAAAAAAGAGAAGUUAUAAUGAUCAAACGUUUACAAACGGUCAUUCUACGCGUGUUGGUGAUAAUGUUGGUACGUUAAGUAAUUUGAGUCAGAGGGUUUUUGUGAAAAAGGAAACUACAGAAAAUUGUUUUUGUACAAUAGAUGAUAUAACAGUUCAAGUAAAUAAUCAGCCGGUGAAUCUCUCAACAAUAUUGAAGAACUUAGAGUCAUGUAAGGAUAAGCUUACCACAGUGAAUACCGGAAAUACACUUUCUAAUGUGAAUUUGAAUGAUAACGACCAAAAACAAGAUAUCAACACGCCAAGUCCUCAAAAACGUAAGAACAAUAAUGGUGGUAAAGGUAAACAUACGCAAAUAAAAGAAGAACUAAAAAAAUGUCAAUCUGAUUUACAAUUAAACAACAACACUUUAUACGUAUGCAAUACAAAUUAUACGAAUGCGGCAGCGAAUCAUGAAAGGUGUGAAGCUGCGUUAAACGAUACAAAAAACGAGUUUUCUAAAAGCGAAGAAACACUUAACUCGACAAGCAAAAGUUUGAGUGAAUGUGAAAGCAAGCGAAAGGAUGUAUCGGAUAGUGCAAAAAAGUGUCAAAACAAUUUAACUCUUGCUUUGAAUGACACCAAAACUUGCAAUACGCGGAUUGAAGAUCUUUUCAACAAAUUUAAAGAAUGCAAUGUUUCUUUAAACCAUUCUCAUGAAAAUGUUACGUCGUUAUUGGCUGAAAUGAAAGUGAUAAAAGACAAUUAUACAAAUGUAGAUAAAGAGCGUGUACAAUUAAAAUUGGAUAUGAAAGAAGUCAUUGAAAAACUUAACAAUAUCUUAUUGAUUCACGGAUUAUUACCAGAUGACAAUGCAACGAAUAUAUCAAAUGUCCUAGUAGCAAGUGAAGAGAAUCGUACGAAAUUGAAAACGGAAUUAGAAAGUACCGAAGAGACUACAGGCAACCUUUCGAGUCAAAUUACAAAAAAAAAAAAAAACAUUUCAGAACUAGAGGAAGAAUUAAAAAAAGUUAAGGAGACUAACGGGAAGAUAUCAAAAGACCUUGAAACAAGUACAAAAGACAUAGAAAAAUUGUUAGCUAAGGUAAAAACAGUUGAAGAAAAGAAAACGAAUAUCGAAACUCAGACUGAAGCGUGUAAAAACACUGUUACACAACUGACAGAGGAUUUACAGACUCUGAGAGACGCUAAAAUGAACAUUACAAGUAAGCUUGACGAAUUGGAGAAGAAGAGUUCCCGAUUAGAAGCUAAUCUACAGAAUCUAACGGAAGCUAAACAAACAAUUUUGAACGAUUUGGAAAGAAGUCAAAAAUAUCUUGUAAAAUUUGUAUGUCAAAACUAUGUUGGCUGGAAAUCACAAGAGGAGUACAACGCAUGUUUGUUACAAAGUCCGAUCCAUUAUUCCAAAGCUUUGGAUCAAGGAGUAGCCUAUAAGGAUGAUGGCUUAGUUGCGAACGGGAAAUACUACCCCAAAAGCGUUUUCUAUCUUGAUGUUUGCUCUGCGCUCACUUCCACUAAUAGUAACCCUCUAACAAAAGCUACAAACAAUGACCAUCUCUGUGUUGAUAAACUCCGUCAAUGUUAUGAAGCUAGGAAUACUUGUGUUAUGAAAAUGUUCGAACAACAAGUUAGAUUACAAUCAUAUCUAGAUUCAAAUGACACGAAAAUCGCUGACGAACUUACUUGCGACCCUAUGUAUAAUAUGCAUAUUGAACUAUUGAGUUUUUUUAACAAGCACAUGAAUUAUAUAUCUUCGUGUUUAAUGAAUCAAGACAAUGACUCCCAUGAAUUCAAUUUAUCGUCUAUAAAAUAUGUACGUUCUGCAAAUGAUCCAGUAAGACAUUCGGAGAGUUCCGAAAAAGAAAAUCAAAAAAGUUCACCCGCUUUAUUAUCUAAGCGUGCAAAUGUCCAGAAACCCGUUAACGGACAUGUUAUUUCUACAGACGAAAAACAAAUUUUAGAAGAUCUCUCGGUAUUGAACAAUUUGCUUGGCAAACUUUUACGUGAAAAUACAUUAACGAAUCCUAACAAGCAGAACGCUCAGGUGUCAACAAAUAUUCUUUUGAACAACAAUAUACAAUCUGGUAGUAGUCAUGGAAACAAUGUUAAUAUAAAUGCUUUGGUCAAUCUGAAAUAUGACGCAAAUAAGCCCUUGCAGAAAAUACCAUCUAGUUGGUGCACAGAAGAAGGCAAGAAAAAUCCGCGUGUAGCCAAAGCUAUAGAACUUUUUGGAUUAUUACCUGAAAAUUAUCAAUUUUUAAAACAAAAUGCUGCUGUACUAAGUCGAAUGUUUGACUCCGACGAUUUAGAAAAAGCAGUCAAGGUACUUAGUGAGCCACAAAUUUUUCUCACAACCAUCACGAAAAACAUUAAGCCUGAUGAAUUCACAAACUUGACAGAAUCAUCCAUAAAUGAAAAAAAAAAACUAAACGAUCCGCAGGGAAAUAAUACUGAACUUAUAUUUGAUCAAUUUAGUGAUAAUAAAAAAAAAAUAGGGCAUUCUAAAGAUGCAGGAAUAAAACAACCAAAUUUACAGAAUACUCAAACAACUGAAGAAUCUUCUUCAGAUCUAGAGAAAUCAGAAAAUAUAAUGCCUGAGAAAAAGCAAUAUCCCGAUGCCAAUAAUAUUCAACCUACAAUCGACCAAACGUCGCAAAAAAAGCUUGCCAAUAUAAACAAACCAAUAUCCAUCCUACAACAACCCAGUAAUGCAACAAACCCUCCAGUAAGGGUAGGAAACAUUGUAAAUCAAACACUUGACGAAAAGAAAUAUACGACGGGUUCGGAAGGUGAAAAUACAACCUCUCGGACGACAAAUGUAAAACAGUUAGCUCUUGUUGCUACUGGUGGACUGUUCGUUGUCGGUGCCGUUUCCGCCUUGUCCUGGUAUCUUUGGAUUAAAAAGGACCGUACUACACAAGAUGCUCUUGGUCUACAAGCAUCAGAGUCAAUGUACGAUUGGGAUGACCAAUUGGACGACAUAUCCGCUUUGCAGUAAAUACCUAUUUAAAGACCAUAUCGAUAGUAAAAUAAUUUUUUUUCCAAUCUUGACUAUAUUGCAAAUUUUUAUUAUCGCAUUUUCUCUAUAAUUAAUUUUUGACCCAUGUUGAAUAUUUAUUUUAUUUGUUUUAUGUUCAUAAAAGAAUUUUUUUUUAGGGAAUUUCAAAGUUUUUUUUAUUAUAAAGACUAACAA